AUGGAAACUGAACUAUUGCAGAGUUCAUGGUCCCCAUACACGGAAUUGUUACCAGUGUUGGAAAAUAUUUUUACCAAUGAAAGGCCAAAUGUUGCCUUUUUAAAACGUAUUUUACGUGCUGCUAAACCGCAUUUUUUAAAUGUUUUUAAAAAUCCACCAAAAAAUACCAAAAGUCGAGAACAAAUUAUGAAAGUAUUAACGGAUGGGAAGCCAAUACAAAAAUUUGAAAUGUUAGCAUUACCUAAAGAAAUGGCUGAAGAAGUACUCAUUCUUUCAGAUAUGUAUGAUUUAGAUGAACUCAUGUCUUUGGAACUUCUAAAUACUGCUCGUUACCAAAAUCCAAAAUAUCCAGAACUCUGUCGAGGUUUGGUUGCAGUAUUAUUGUAUUAUAAUGCACAUCGCAUGCUAGUAUCUUCUUUAAGACUUCUUAUAGAGGGAAGUACAGGUCGUACUUGGGUUCCACGUGUAGACCCAGCAUGUGCUCAACAUCUUGGUCAAUAUGUUGAUCAAUUAAUGAAUGAUGGAUUAUUCCUUAAUAUUUUAAUAUUUUUGGAAAACAAAGAUUUAACUAAAGAAAUAGAAUUGCUACAAAAAAAUAAAGCAAUAGGUGGACCAAAACAUCAUCAACUUAUUGUAAGCUUAUUUACUGAGACCCGGUCAAUGUUAGCAGAAUGUAUAUUUUACUAUUCUAUUCAAUUUGGAUUAUCAAAACAACAACUCAUUAGUUUAUUACAAUACUUACAAAAAAUAAAGCCAGAUGUAGAAUCGCAAGGGAUUGUUAGUAAAGUGCCUUUAUUUAUGGUAACAUCAUUUUUGUAUGCAAUUGAUUUGGAUUGUAUGAAUAACACUCAAGAAAUAAGUGGAGAUACUAAAGAACAGUUUUUAUCUUCUGCCCAUGCUGAACUUACAGCACAUGAUUGGGAAUGGCCUGAAUUAAAAAGUAUUGCUACUUUUGGAUUAGCUGUUGCAUUUGCAAAAUUACGUUCUUCACAACAUGUGUUUAAAAUUAAAAAUUUAUUCAAAAUUGAUGAAUCAUUAAUGAGUAAUGCUAUGGAUAACAAAGUAUUUAGAUUUUUAAAUCAAAAUGUUGCUCCUUCAGAAUUUCUUCACUAUGUAGAGUUCAUGAUAAAAAAAUUUCAUCAGUUGAUAACUGAAUUUAUUGUUAUGAUGCCACAUGCUGUUAAAGAAAUACGUAACAAAUCUGAUGAAAUAGCACAUACAAUUUUGAUUUAUUAUCAAGAAGGAUUAGAGCCUCCAACAAGUGAAGAAAAUCAUUUUGAACAACUAUUAUUGGCUAUGUCAACAUUAUAUGCUAAAGAUCCAUUGAAAUUAAAUAUUAAUCUAGAUUAUUGGCCACCGUCUCGUGAACAAUUAAAAAAUAUUAAAAUGUCUUCAUUUUUAACAUCUCAAAAAUUUCAAGCUUCAUUAUAUAGAUUUAUCUGUCAAACAGGAGACAUGUUACCUCAUAUGUUAUUUGUUCCUUAUUUAAAUAUGUUAAGUUCAUUAGCAACUUCUGAAACUGGAGCUGAAAAUGUUUUUAAUCAUUUUCAUUCAAAUGCAACAAAUUCAAAUCUAACCUGGGAUCACUUUUUUAAAACUUUUAUGAGAUAUUACACUAAUUUAAGACAAGAAAAUAUUCCACCAACUGAUACUGUUUACAAAAGAAGCCAUCAAAAAGGCAUUACUGCUCUUGAAAUUCAAGGACUUCAAGCUGUAUUAAAAUUAAUUAGAAAUGUAGCUGAGAAUAGUGUUAAAUCAAAAAUAACAUUUGUUGAACGUUCAGAGUGGGAAACACUUUCAGUAUUACUAGGUCUUGUAUCAUGUCCUGUAAGAAUUUCUCUCAAGGCUGAUUUAAUUUUAACGUUAUCAAUAUUAGUUAAACCACCACCAUCUUUAACAGCCUUGAAUUUUUGGCAAACUCUUGAAACAUCUCAAAUGAUUGUUACUAUACCAACUAUAAGUAACUACCAAAGUCGUGGUAUAAUGGCCGAAUUAGAUGAUCUAGAAACUCGAAAUGAAGAAUAUCCUUUAACCAUUGCAUUAUUGAAAUUAUUAUCAACUCUUACAGAACAACCUGUACCAACCCUUUUGGGUUCAAAUACUCGUACUCCAGGAUUUGAUCCAUAUUUAAAUUUUGUUAUUCAUAAUAUUUUUUUGAAAUGUCUCUCUAGAGGUUAUAAAAAACAAAGUGAAAAGUGGGAAGUUAGUGGAUUAUGUUUGGAACUUACAUUGAAAUUCUUGAAUCAAUAUGAGCCUCAACUAACAGACUUUGUUGGUAGUAGUGUUAUGCUGCCUGAUAAUACAACAAUAAAUGUAAACCCACCUCCUGGAUUUCAUAUUAUGACUUACUUAUGUACUAAUUCGGACUUUUUACGAACUUUAUUAAAUAUAAUGCAUACUGGCUGUCAAAUGUUUGAUCUAUAUUCUUCAUUUAGCGGUAAAGAAGCCAUGGAAAAAACAACAUUAGUUGUAUUGCGUCUUUUAGAACAGGCUUUGAAUUUGCAGCAAGCAUUUUUAAAUGCAUCUAUUUCUUCUGGAUCGCCUCUUAUAUAUACUGGAUUACAUAAGACUCUUGUUAGUAUUAAUGUGGCUACAAAUGAACCAGAUUAUAUCAUUGACUUAUCCAAGUUUAUAACUUAUUCACACUUACCAGAACAUGCUUAUCAUGCUAUUCGUAUACUGAUGAAUAUUACUUCUUAUCCAAUACCACAGUCACAUAUGGUAUCUUAUUUUACUUCCAAUCCUCAACUUACAAUAAAUAUAAGACAUGGGUUUGUGCAAUGUCUAGAAGAAGAAGAAUCAACAAAAUUUUUAGAAGAAUCAAAUGAUGCAUCUACCAUAAAAAAAUGUAAAGAAUCUAUUUUAAAACUUUUACUUCAAUGUUUAAAUUCUACACCUCCAAAUUUAGCCCAUUAUUUACUGGGCUUUAAUUUAGACAAUGUACAAAAGACCUGUUUUGAAAAUGCUGGUGUAGGAGGAAAUCCUCGAAAUUGUUUGCAUUCUAUUAUUGAUUUAUUAGAUGAUUCAUUAAAGAGUCGAAAAAACGGAUCUGCUAAUAAAAACCAUUCUAAAUUAUUAGAAUUAUGCUAUCAAUUAAUAUAUGUGUUAGUUUCAAGUAAUCGAACAUCUAAACCAGUUUUAGUGUAUUUAAAAUCUCGUAGUGACUUUAUUUUACGUCAUGCUUCUACAAUGCCAUUUUACACUGAAAGUUCUAUCAGAAAAAUAAGCUCUAGUGACUUAAUACAAAUGAAUUGGUUAAUGCGUAUAAUUGCUGUUGAGAUAAAAAUGCAUGUGCAUCAAAAUCUGUUGAUGACAUUGACAAAGUUAAUAUUACUAUUUAUUGGUUCUGUUGAAAAAAAAACAAACAAUGGGCCUGGAUCUGAAUUAAUGCUAUCUCAAUCAUCCAACAAUUUAUUUGACCACUCAACUCUAACAAGAGAUAAUGAUCAAGAUGAUGGUAAAGAAGAUGGUAAAAAGUUACUAUCUUUAUUGCAGAUAGUUGACCUUGAAUUUGAAACCACUUUUGAAGAUAUGCCUGAAUUAAAAUAUCUUGAAUCUAAGCUAAUCAAUCAGUUAUUAAGUGAGUGUGAAAUUCCUGGUAAAGUUCCAUUAAUAGAUGUUAAGCAGUUACAUUCAAUAUUGAUGAAAGAAUUAAAAUCAAUUGAUAGUUCUUCAACUGUUAGAGCCAAUUUAUUACAAGAAAUUCAAGAGUUCCUAGCAUAUGCUGUAAGCAUUAAUGAUAAGCGUCUCCAAGUUAGUUGUAUGAUUAAGUAUUUUGAUGCUUGGCAUCAACUAACCGCUGUAAUAUUCAGUAUGGCUAAUUUACCUUCUAUGGAGUUUCAACAGCGAUUUUCAUUUGUCAUAGACCUUUUAGUGUCACUUCAAAGCAAGGUCAUUCGUUAUCCACAAAUGUCAGAAUUAUCAACACUAAUUACAAAUUCACAGUUACUUCUUUUAAUAAAUUUAAAAAAUACUAUUGAUAAACAUUUAGAGCUAUGUAUUGUGAAUCCAGAUCUUAAUUUAGGCUCAUUUGUUACUGGACAGUCUAGUAUUUACUCUAGCAUGCUUCAAAAUAUACUUAAGUGUAUUCAACAAUCAGGUUCUCAAAAGUUACGAGCAAGUUUAUAUUCUUCAUUAAUAGCUUUGAUCAAUCUUUUGGCAACCAAUAGCCGUACAUUAAACCAUGGGAAUUUAAAACAAAAAAGUAAUGUACUUACUUCUAUGGACCAACAGAUUCUUGAUUCAGAAUCUAUUAAGUUCAUUAAGUCUUUGAAUUUUGAUCAAUACUUAAGUGAAAGAAUUUUAGAAGUAAUUUGUGUUGACCUAACAUCCGGUCAUGAUAUAUGCAAAGUAUUAUCCUAUACAUUAUGUGAGUUACUGAUUGAUAUUAACCCAAAACUUAUUAGUUACAUAUCUAACCACGGUUAUCUUAAAUGCAUUAUAUCAAGUAUUUUGGAAUCUGAUUCAGAACUUAAAGAUUUAAUUUCAGCUAAAAAUAGAACCUUAAAACCCAUUUAUGUCUAUGAAAAUAAAAUGAGUUUAUUAAAUAAAAUUGCUACCUACACAACUGGUGCUGAUGCCUUACUAAAUCAUCAAGCUAUAGCAUGCUUAUCAUCAAUAAAAGCUAUUGAUGCUCAUCCAUCUUUUGAAACUAGUUUUAAACGUUCAUUGAAAGAAUUUAUGCCAGAUGAAGGUGAUCGAUAUAUGAUGAUAUGUACACCUGCAAUGUGCUUAUGUCAAACUAUCAUUGGUACUUUAGGAAAUCAAAAUAUGACUUCUAUUCUCCAAGUUGUCUACUAUCUAAUUAGUCAUCGUGACACUGUAACAAUUGCUCUUACUAAUUCUGCCCCAUUAUGUGAACAAUGGUAUCUUAAAGAAAUUUAUCAAUUAACAUCUUUAUUUGUAAAUGUUACAAAUGAUGAUAUAAGUUCAGAAAUAAAUGCAAGUGGUGAUAAAGAUAUUUCUGGAUUAUUUCACCAUUACAGUAUUUUGAUGAGAAAAACCUUGAUCAGAUUCUCUGUUAAUUUAUCAACAAUACGAGCUAUACGAAAAAAAUGUUCUGAAGAAUCUAAUCCAAAUGAUGGUGAAACAAAUGUUAAUUUAUACUUGAGAAUCAUAUUAAACUUAUUAAAUUAUGUAUCAAAUUUAAUGGAUGGUGGAUGGGCUACUGGAGGCCAAAAAUUCAAAAGAAGAAUUUUGGAUAUUUCUGUUUAUACUGAUCCUUUCAGUUUUACUUCUUCGGGUGAUUUGAAUCCUGCUAAUCAGUUAUCAAUGGGUACAAUUGUUACUACAAUGAUUCAAACAGUUGAACAUUAUUUCAUGCAAUUUAAUACUAAAACUAGAAGUGAAACUAGAAAGUCACCCAUUCAGUUAUUUGGUGAAAGUUACAAUGAAAAUGAGAUUGAAAAUAAAGAUAUUGAAGGUGACCAAAGUCAACAUAUACUUUGUAGACAAAUUGUGGAAGUAUGUCUGUACAUAUUAUGGGCUCAUACAGAUUUUUAUUUUAUGCACAGCCCUGUACAAAAUGUGCAUCGUCCAAAAGGAUUGAACAGAUCAGGAAGUCCAAAUCAUGAUGAUGACGAUGGCGUGACACCUGAUGAAUUAAAAGAAUUAAGACAAGGGUUGGUGAAAGUAUUUAAUGAAGCAUUUCUUGAAAAACUUUUUGCAAUAAAUGAAGACAAAUCUGAAGACAGUUUUGUACAAGUGAUGGUUCACAGGAUCAAAAAACUUUUACAAUUUGUUAGCUCAUAAAACUUAGUUAAAAUUAAGUCUUUUUUUGCUUUUAUUUAUUUUUGUACA